GUGGAGGAUUGUGACCAUAGAGCUCUAUGAUCUUUGAUUGUGACUUCUUGUGUAAAAGGUCGGAAGGUGGUUUCUAAAGUACGUGGGGAUCUCUGCGUAGUAUGGGCAGCAAAUACAUCACGCCCUUGCAUUGGGUGGCGAUUGCAGUGUGAGCGAGUGCGGCCAGCGCCUGCUCCAUAUAUAUAACGGCACUGGAGACACCAAGGGCAGCUCUCUGUGUUAAUAACGCCGGCUGCACACCAUGUUCCCAUUGGGGCAGCUCGUCCUCCUGCUCUUCCUGAUGGCCGGCGCCUCCCUCUCUUGUGAGCCGGGCUCGCCGGCUUCAACCACAAACUCCACCGGCAUUAUGUGCAGGUUUACCAAGGACGCUGCCUUAGUCUUUAACCAGGAAACGAGCGAUGUCAUCCAGGCGACAUUCCGGCACGCCUCCUUCCCCGACAUCAAAGGAGAGAAAUCUAUUUUGUUUCUGGGCUCCGUUUCAUACGUAUUGAAAAAUUUGCAGAUAAACAAUAUGUCUGUGGAAAGUAGUGAUGUGGACCUCAGCAAGGAAAAAGGAAUCCUCAUCUCCAUCCAAAAUGUAGCUGCCACCUUCAAAGGAACCAUUAACUAUGCAUACACCAACUGGCUGUUAAAGAUAAAUAAUUCACUGGAUUUUAAAAUUGAGGUCCAGACUGAUGUUGAUCUUGGUCUAACUCUAGCUUACGACAACGGCCGAAUAGCCUUGACCGUCUCGGACUGCGUGCUGAACUUCCACAAGCUAACGCUGCAGCUGCAAAAACAGAGCGAGGUCAACUGGAUUAGGCAACUCUUGACUGACUUUGUUUCUUUCACUUUGAGACAAAUUCUUAAGGGACAGAUCUGUGCAGAAAUCCAUAAAAUGUCAAAUCUACUGUCAGACUUCACUCUGCAGCAAGCUGGAGCAUUCCUAAGCGAUGGGGAGAUUUCCACAAGUAUAGAAUUAACUGGUGAUCCCACGAUUACCUCAGAAUAUGUGGAAUCAUGGCAUAAGGGUAGUGUGUUCUACAAGAACUUUUCAGUUUUCCAGAAGCCCAACGCCAUCCCAUUUGAACGAGUAGAGACCAGAAUGUUUAACCUGUGGGUGUCGGAGCCUGUGAUCAACUCUCUGCUGUACGCAGCCUAUCUGGAGGAUCGGCUCUCUCUGAAGCUGGUGGACGAUGAUUUGCUGAAGGUGUUCGAAGAUGGAGAAUUUAAACAUGAGCUAAACGUCUUACAGCAGGUAUUCCCCGCUGUUCCUAUAAAUGACCUGAUGGUCAAACUCACAGCGCUCCGGCCACCCAGCAUUCUCUUCAAAAGUGUGGGCACCAUUUUGGAGGGAUCAGUAGCUAUAGAGGUUGACGUUGUGCCUGAGAGUAAGGAUUCCUACACAGCACUGUACAUGGAAAUGGACAUUGAAACCACCGUACAGUCAUCUUAUACAAACAGGAAAAUCCACCUGCAGCCCUCUUCAAAUCACUGGAGCAUCAAAACCUUAAGGAAUAAUCCAGCGAUCACCCUGGACAAGACUAUAGCAAAGCGUUAUUUGGAGAAGUUUUUCUCAGCAGGUGGACUGCAAAAGAUCAUCUCUUAUGUGGAGUUUUAUAUAACAGCGCUGCUUGACAAGAAAGGACUACAAUAUUUUAACAUCAGCAACGCAGUGCUGGAACCAAACAAGGGCUACGUGACUGUCGCAACAGACUUCCAGUUUCCACGCCAGCUGCUGGAAAAUUUUCUUCGAAACUUCACAUCGACGAUAAGUUCCUAUUUUCAGAAAGAAAGCGGGAAGACUAAAGGCAACAAUGACGAUUUCUCUAACCUCAACACCUGACCUAGCAACUGAACACUGUAAACCACAAGAUGAAAAGUAUUAAACCAACAACUAAUGGACGUUGAUAUAAUUGAAUGUCAUGGGGCUGUGGUCAGAUUACAUCAUGAGUACUGUACUGCAAUGAGGUAUUGUGCUGGAUUGUGGCCGUUUGGCUGGGGCUUGACCUCCAGACCUUCUGACUGGUAGGCAUAAGUGUUACCAAAACAUUCUGCGGGUGUUGACCUGAACAAUUAUUUGACGUAUAGAAAAUACGAUGCAGAAAUCUCGAAGUCUUUGGAUGAUAUUUAUAAGUGCUUUGUACUUUACAGAGUAACCAAACCUUUGAAGUUUCUUGUCCCAUUUAGCUCGUGUUAAUAAUGGUGAAGGAUGGAAAAUUGUGUCAUGUUAGAAAUCAAGGGAAAGGUUCAAAGAGUGGCACAGUGAAAGUGUUGCUGCCUUGCAGCGCCAGAGCCCUGGGUUCAAUCCUGACUGCGGGCAUUCUCUGUAUGGAGUUUUCACGUUCUCCCUGUGACCCAAGUAAAAGAAAUUGUCCUUCGGGUGCAGGAUAGAACUUGUGUACGGGGCGAUCGUUCAUCGGCGUGGACUCGGUGGGCUGAAGUGCCUGUUUCCACGCUGCAUCUCGAAAACUAAAACUAAAUUUUCUGAUUCAUAUGUGUUAGAAACAGAAAAUAG